AAACCUAUAAAUUCCCAAUUCAACAUAAACCCUAGAUUAUCAAAUUAGCUACUGUAUAUUGUUUCUCUCUUAAAUGAGUUCUAUGGCAGCUUGCAGAAGCUGUAAAUCUAGGGCACUAAUCACCGAAGAAGUCACCGGUGGAACAGUGUGCUCAUCCUGCGGUAUUGUUCAAGAUUUUGACGACUACCAGCACACAUUCGGCGGCGUUUCUGGGCCUGAAGGAACCUUUGUUCGUGUCGGUACAUCCGGUACAGGAACCGAUUAUUCAUACAAGGAAAGGAAGCUCUAUGAAUCCAAUCAGAUAAUUGAGGACAUAUUAUUUCGCUUUGGAUUCGGCGACGUUCGAUCUCGUGAAGUCAAAUCAAUGGUUGAGAAAGUUACAGAGGGAGAAUUUGGGUUAGGUAAUUGGUUUAAUGUUCUUGUUGCUGCUUGUUCUUAUAUUGUAAUGCGUCAGAAUAAUAUACCUUUGCCAAUUUCUGAGAUUGUGGGGAUUGUGGAUUGUGAUUGUUAUGAAUUGGGGAAAAUGGUGAACAGGGUAGUUCAAUUUUUAGGGUUAGAGUUGAAGGAGUUUGAUUUGGUGAGUUUGUUGGAGAAAACGAUUCGAGGGUUUGGUGGGUUUCGUGAGCUUGAUAUGGAGAAGCUUGAUUUGAUGGUUAAACAAGGGAAUUUUGUGAUACAAUGUGCUAUUAAGUGGUUUUUGACUACUGGUAGGAGGCCGGGGCCUGUUGUUGUGGCGGUCUUGGUGUUUGUGGGGGCGGUCAAUGGGGUUGAUGUUCGAAUGGAAGAUGUGGCCAAGGAGAUGAAUGUAGCGAUGAGAACGUGUAAAUUGAGGUAUAAGGAGCUCUUGAAGGCUAUGGUGGAGGUGGGGAAGAAGUUGCCUUGGGGGAAAGAUCUUGAUGUUAAGAAUAUUGUGAGGAAUGCGCCCUUUGUGUUGAAGUAUAUGGAGAUGAAGUCGGUGGAAGAUAGGCGGAAUGAUAAAGGAGGGUUUCGUGAUGAGAGUGGUGGGUUUGAUCUUGGUGAUGUUGUUGGGGAGUGUUUGAGUAAGAGAGUUGGAUAUGGUGGGAUUGAUGGUGAUGGUAGUGCUGUUGAAAAUAGUUUGUGUAGGAUAGAUGGGAAACAAGAAUUGGAGAAUGUCGCCAUUUCACAUCAAGAAUUGGCUAAAGUAUACUCAAAGUUCAAGGCAGAGUUUAAGAAUCUUAAAAAUAAGAUUGAGAAUUUAGCAGCUGACUGGGGUAAAGAUAGACUAAAUGAGAUAGAUUUCCGACUUUUUGACGAGUGGUGGAGUGGGAGAUCAGAGUUGUGCGAAAAGCUUUUGAUAGAGCAGCUGUUGGAGAAAGAUGUUGGAUUCGAUCCACUUCCGCCAUCCUAUAUUCAUGGUUGCCGUGCUAUUAAAAGGAGGCGAGAAAAGAUAAGAGCAGCUAAGAAGCGUAUCAAUACCAUUGUGAAUCCCCCUAUCCGAAGUUCCAGUAAUGCUGUUAUGCGUAGUGAUUUGGGUGCUCAAUCCUGCUGUAAUGAAGAUUCUAGUAUACCAGAUCGUGUUAAAAGCAGUAAGAAGAGGAAGAAACAGCCUGAUAGUAUAGAUUGGGAAGAUUUUAUCAUUGAGACACUCCUGUUGCAUCAGGUGAAAGAGGAGGAAAUCGAGAAGGGCCAUUACAAUGCCUUGUUAGGCUUGUAUGUCUUUAAAUCUGGUUUGAUCUGAAAGGCUCUGUUUAGUUUCAUUCAGGCACUUAGUUGUGCUUGACUUUACGGGGUUAGUAAUUGUUAGAUAGUAGACCAUUUUUGGAGUAAAGUGUAUAUCAACUAGACGAUAUUGUAUAUGGUUCAAGGGAGCUUACCUGAUGAGCUAGUGUAUCCAAUUUAUAUAAAGAUUAUACAUAUACACUAUGAUUCAUUCA